AGUCCCAGCCGUCUUCGAUCUAGUGGGGCGCCACCGUUAUUCAUCUUCUCUCGCCAACGCAACAAAAAGGCAUCGAAACAAUGACGACGCGAGUGCUUCUGCAAUCUAGUAACCACCGCAGAUAUUCGCCAAUCAGUGCGCCGCCCUUUGGACUUUGGAUCGAGAGGGGUUCUACUUUGCGAUUACUGGCUGACUGUGUUGGGCAUUCGUCACGUAUUCCGCGGCCACCGCGUUCGCCGUUGGUUCCGAUUGCUGUCUGUGUGUGCAAAAGUGCGUGCGUGUCUCGGUUCGAAAUUAGCGAACUCCUCCCACCCCACCAUCGAUGUGCAUCUAAUCGCGUUCGGUGCUUCGAGCGCCACCAGUCGCUCAGGCCAAGGAACUGACCUUCGGUGUGUGCUCUUCUUUGGCAGCGUGCCGUGAAAAGCGUUUUCUAGUUUCCGUUCUGAGGUGGCUAAUCGAAUAUUAAAGCAACCGGUUGGGGACGUGCGGUGGACGUGCAACAAUAUGAUGAACACAACGGAACACCUCUGCGCGAGAGGGCCAACGGGUUUAUUAGCAUAAUUGAGACUUAUGCUAAACGAAGCUCUGCAAUGUGGCAUCCAAAUACAAAAACGCACAUACAACGCACUGGAGCUGGUGGUUAUCAGUGGAAUGAUUGACACUAGCCAGUGCCGGGUUUAAGGACAUUCGGAGGACUGCCAUCAUACCGUCGCGACGGUGGCGACGGCGCAAAACUCAUCUGCGUUCAGUUUCAGUCGAAGGCAAAAAAAAAAGGGGGAUCAAACGUCAAGAGUCCUCCAGCGGCAUCCAGCAGCGCUUAGAACGCUUUGUUUGCGAUAAGCUAGGAAAGCGUCAGUGGGUCCAAGCUAGCAAGCUAGCGGCAAACAGAGGACGGGUUGGGGUGUGAGUAGCUCUGUGCCCCGAAGGCGCGCACGAUGGUGACGCCGGUGCGUACGCUGGUGGUGCAGGAGAUCAACCGCUGCAUCCAGAUGAUCACCGACAAGCCGAACCGGGGCGCGGUUAAGGAUCCUCAAACGCUGCGGCUGAAGGAGCAACCGGAGAAACCGGUCGUGCUGAUCAUUUCGUGGCUGAAUGCACGCCAAAAACAUUUGCUCAAGUACGCCGAGCUGUACGUCGACCAGGGAUUCGACGUGUUUGUCACGCAGAUCACGCCCUGGCAGCUGCUGUGGCCGGUAAAGGGAACGCAGCUGGUGGCCGCAGAUAUUGUAAAGUUUUUGAAAAAUAACGAUUUCAAGAAUGGCCUCAUCCUGCACGGUUUCUCCGUCGCCGGUUACCUGUGGGGCGAGUGUCUGGUGCAUAUUGCGCGCGACCUGCCUAACUACCAGGUGGUGCUGGAUCGUGUCAAGGGCCAGAUAUGGGAUAGUGCGGCCGAUAUCACGGAAAUUUCCGUCGGCGUCCCGACGGCGCUCUUUCCCAAGAACCCAACCCUUCAGAAUGCGUUGCGCAAGUAUAUGCUGUACCAUAUGAAGGCUUUCCAUGAGCCGGCCACUUCACACUACAUCCGCUCGAGCCAGAUGUUCCACACCAAUCUGCUGCGCUGUCCCGCUCUGUUUUUGGUCUCAAAAACCGAUCCCGUUGGUACGGUUGAAGCGAACACGCGCGUUAAAGAUAGCUGGGAGCAGAGUGGCGUCAAGACCACUUUCCACUGCUGGGACCGUUCACCACACGUUGGCCACUUCCGAAAGCACCGGGAUGAGUACAUCGAUGUGCUGUUCCACCAUCUGCGGCAGCUGAACCUGCCCGCCAUCAAGCAGGAUGCGUUGCUACGGGCGAAGCUGUAAGCGACGGCCAACUGUGAUACUUAUGGCGAUGUCGCGGCGGAUAGAGCAUAUCUGGAAGCUCUCUGCAUAAAGGCCUUGAUUGCAAUCGAAUGGUAACGAGUAUCGGCGACGAAACAGGCAAAACGAAUGGGAAACAAGGCCGAAGCCUUAAUUACUUUACCGGUUCCGGCUCUCCCAGUUUUUUUCCCCGUUUUUGAGAUAGUUUUGUGCAUUACGAAUGAUUUUCUUAUCAUUUUAUCUUUUAAUGCAACCGUAGCUCAUCAACCGGUUUAAAGGAGUAUCCAUCAUUUCCAAGCACUAUCCGUUCCCUGAUUUACCUUGACAUGUGUGUGUAGUGGUAGUACAAUCCAUGGUACCGAGUUCUUUUUUUUAAUAAAACACAUCAUCUAACUGUAAGUCACACAACGGCUAAACAUUGUACCCAUAAUCACAACAAUCCAAAUAAAGAGGUAUAAAGUGGUGUUUAGGAAAUUAUAA